AUGGAAGGUGAAAAAGCGGUCACUCAUCUUGUGGAGACCCCCCGCAAUGACGGGGAUGCCCAGGAGCUCCUGAAAGCGGGUGAAAACAGAGCCAAGGGAGCAACAACCGCAGAGGAGCUGGCUGCAACCAGGGACACGGGGGACAGCGGUGCCCCCCUGGGGCGUCUGCAGCCGGACCAGGACACGCCAUGCUUGGACCAGAGGCAUGGUGGAGCAGGCACUCUCCCAAAGCCCUCGGUUGCCUCGAUGGACAGGCAGAGGAGCACCCAGCUCUCGGCCCUUGACAGCUUCCCCCUGAAGCAUUCGAACACGCUGACGAACAGGCAGCGAGGCAACGAGGUCUCGGCCCUCCCAGCCACGCUGGAUACAUUGUCCAUCCACCAGCUUGCUGCCCAAGGAGAGCUCAGCCAGCUGAAAGAGCACCUUCAGAAAGGUGAGAACUUGGUAAAUAAACCUGAUGAGAGAGGUUUCACGCCGCUGAUCUGGGCUGCAGCCUUCGGAGAGAUCGAAACGGUCCGUCACCUGCUGGAAUGGGGCGCUGACCCCCACGUGCUGGCGAAGGAGCGGGAGAGCGCCCUGUCCCUGGCCAGCAUGGGCGGCUACACCGACAUUGUCAUCAUGCUGCUGGAGAGGAACGUGGACAUCAACAUCUACGACUGGAACGGCGGCACUCCUCUGCUCUACGCCGUGCGCGGCAAUCACGUCAAGUGUGUCGAGGCCCUACUAGCUCGCGGCGCCGACCUGACGAUGGAGGCAGAUUCUGGCUACACCCCGAUGGAUCUGGCCGUGGCCCUGGGACACAAGAAAGUCCAACAGGUUAUCGAAAAUCACAUCCUCAGGCUAUUUCAGAAAAAGGAGCUGGAGUGACGCGGCAGCUCGCGCUGCAC